UUGGCAAGGGGGCAUCUGAGCUAAGUGUCCUCACCUAGAUCAGUAUUUAGUUCUCCCUCUUAAAGCUGCUCUGACCAGCUGUAAUGCUUUAAAGACUAGAUGAAAGACAGAAAAAUGACAGCAGUGCCACAGCAUGGCAAAGUCAAGCAGCCUUUUAUUAGCCAGAGGUACUUCCUUUUCAGAGCAGAUGGCCCAGCUCUAACCUUGUGAACCACAGAGUUAAGAACUAAUCUAUAAAGGGCGAUGCAUGGGCAAAGUUUCAAUUUGGUAAGGGAUGAAUUACGGGUUGCAGGGAACCCAAAUUAACAAAAAUUGGACUACCUUACCACAAAGAAGUACUGCAUAUGCCAGAAUCAACUACAGGUGUCUGUCCCAUGUCUAUGAAGCUCAAGACAAGUAGAUGCCCCUGUGUUUUCUUGUCUCUGAACAAGCUGUGUUACUACCUCUGCCGUUUCUAUGGAGCCAGUGGUUCAGGAGCUGGCCUCCUUGCUAAGCAUUCUUCACUCUGUAUCUUGAUGUCCCUUAGAAUGGACAUGAUCCUCAAACUGAUGGCCGGUGUUCUACUGCUGACUGUGUGUUUGGAAGGCUGCUCCAGCCAGCACUGGUCCUAUGGGUUGCGCCCCGGAGGAAAGAGAAACACUGAACACUUGGGUGAUUCUUUCCAAGAGAUGGGCAAGGAGGUAGAUCAAAUGGCAGAACCCCAGCACUUCGAAUGUACUGUCCACUGGCCCCGUUCACCGCUCAGGGAUCUGCGAGGAGCUCUGGAAAGUCUGAUUGAAGAGGAAGCCAGGCAGAAGAAGAUGUAGAUGCACUGGCCCAGACGGAUCCACAACACCCGAGUAUAACAUUGACCCUGAGACUUGUGACAGCUCUGUAAUUGUGUACGCUUGAGCGUUUUUAUACCCAGCAGCAUAGCUUUCAUAAUAAAGUAGUUUGUUGUGGA